CCGGCAUUUUGCUUCUUCCUUGUACACGGUUACACUGGCGGUCUUGCCAUGAAAAUUAUUUAUAUUUCGCUUCUCCGCACACGCAAAAAUUUGGCAAAAUAAACAAAGGUUAUUGUGCGGCUGCUAAAUAACGGAUUAGUGCACCGCCCGCCGGGAUUCGUUUGUGUGCUUAGCGGAAAAUCGCGCAUGGUCGCUCUAUUCUCGAACCGCUCAUUAAAAGUUGAUGCUGCACCAGCACCAGCAGCAGCAGCGGCCAUCAACAAAAAGAAAACCGACUUGCAGCCAACUUAAAGCGGGAAACUGAAUUCUGCUGUAAAAAACGCUGGUAAACCCAACGGAAUGACUGCCAAAUACAUAAAUAAAUAAAUGCAACAACCGAGAAGUGCAUUGCAAUUAAGGGAAAACGCAGCGAUUUGCUACCGCGGUGGUGCGAAAAGGACAUAAAAUCGCUGGAAAGAAGAAGAGUGCGAGUGUGCCAGAAAGUUUUAGAAGCCAAGAAUUUAAUGCAAUAUUUGGCAGAAAUAGGUGGUAGUGAGUCCAGAAGUUAUAAACAAAAAAGUGAGGGCAAUAUUUAUUUGCUGCAAACAAGCGGCGGCAGGUGCUUGGCGCUUUUAAAACGAGACAACACGACGCUCAGCGCUGAGUGGCCAGCGUAGAGUUGCCAGCCCGAAAAGUAGUGGGGUUGCCAUCCAUAGUGCGGAAAGUGUUUACUAGAUUUCGCAAACGAGGCUUCGCUAAAAACUAACUUUUUGGAUCAAUAUUGAACGAAAUACCAGCGGGAACUUGGUCGUAGGCCCAAAAUUACUUCUGGGCGAAGAUUGUUUACAGCAAAUUCACGGAUGAGAAGCUCCUUCAAAACAGAGACUUUGGAUAGAACCAUGGAAAGGAAAUAAAAAGUUUCUCAAGGUCUUGACGGUGCCGGGUCACGCCGUAACGACAGUGUUUUACAGAAGACCCGUUAGUCUUCUGGUUUAGAACAUAUAUUGGUCAGGAGAUGAUUGGCUCUCCUAGACUUACAACGCUUUGGCCGACGCAAGCCGCGCCAAGUGGAUAACCGGAACACAUCGAAAAACCACCGAAAUUAUCUAACCAGAUAGAAAUCCGCAGAGGUUCCACCAAACCCUGAGCCUAUUCUCUCUUUAAAGAGACCUCACCCACCCUCUUUACCAGCGUCGAGAUCUCCAACGUGGGAUUGGCGACGCCGCUCAUAAACGAAUUUCUUGCGCCCCGUAGUAAAAGAAAAAGCUGCCACCAUUCGGAAGAAAAAUACCUCGAAUAUGACCCAUAAUCUCGGUAUGGCGCCAUAUCGUUUGCCGGGUCCAGCGGGUGGGUUGUGUCCACCUGACUUUAAACCGCCGCCGCCGUCGGAUAUCAUCUCGGCGCCGAGUAAUCCGAAAAAGCGGCGGAAAACUUCUAAUGCCAACAAUGCGGCAGCAGCCGCGGCUGCGGCGGCGGCAGCAGCAGCUGCUGCUAACUCAAUGCAACAGCAACAAGCGCCGCCGACGCCGCAGGAUCUGCUGCCCCCUCCGCCGAUGGGUGGCUUCGGAGAUACCAUCAUUGCCUCAAACCCGUUUGACGACAGCCCCCAGGUUUCCGCCAUGUCCAGCUCGGCGGCCGCGGCGAUGGCGGCUAUGAACCAGAUGGGAGGUGGACCCGGCGGAGGACCUGGAGGCCAUUUUGGAGGCGGCGGCGGGCAUCCGCACUGGGAAGAUCGGAUGGGCAUGGGUGGAGGACCACCGCCGCCGCCGCACAUGCACCCGCACAUGCAUCCCCAUCAUCCAGGCGGUCCCAUGGGUCAUCCCCACGGUCCGCAUCCGCACAUGGGAGGACCUCCGCCAAUGCGAGGAAUGAGUCCGAUGCAUCCGCAUCAGAUGGGUCCCGGACCGGGUGUGGGACUGCCACCCCAUAUGAAUCACGGAAGACCGGGACCUGGAGGUCCUGGAGGCCCAGUACCAAUGGGUAGUCCGAUGGGCGGAAUGGCCGGUAUGGGAGGAAUGAGCCCAAUGGGUGGAAUGGGUGGGCCCAGCAUAUCACCUCACCACAUGGGCAUGGGUGGCCUGUCGCCCAUGGGCGGUGGACCCAACGGCCCUAAUCCACGAGCAAUGCAGGGUUCUCCGAUGGGAGGUGUGCCUGGCCAGAACUCGCCUAUGAACUCGCUGCCCAUGGGUUCUCCAAUGGGUAACCCAAUAGGAAGCCCGCUAGGUCCUCCCUCCGGCCCAGGGCCAGGGCCUGGACCUGGACCCGGACCCAAUCCCGGAGCUCAACAACAGCAACAACCUCCGCAGCCACCGAUGAACAAUGGACAGAUGGGUCCGCCACCAUUGCAUAGUCCGUUGGGCAACGGUCCCACGGGUCACGGGAGUCACAUGCCUGGUGGACCAGGUCCAGGACCUGGGCCUGGGCCAGGCGGCGUCGUGGGUCCUGGUGGCAUUUCCCCCGCGCAUAAUACUCCUGGGAACAAUAUGCUUGGCGGUAAUAACCCCGGGGGCAAUAACGGAAGCAAUAACAAUGGCAACAUCAACAAUCAAAUUCCUCACCUCUCGCCGGUAGCUGGACGACUGCAGCCUAACGGGCCCUCUGCCGGCGUGGCAUCCUCCUCUGCAUCUUCGGUUCCCUCGCCCGCCACUGGACCAACGCCUUCGCUCACGCCCACAUCGACGGCCACGUCGAUGUCCACGUCAGUGCCUACAUCCUCGCCAGCGCCGCCUGCCAUGUCACCACACCAUUCGCUGAAUAGUGCCGGCCCAAGUCCAGGAAUGCCCAAUGCCGGACCCAGCCCACUACAAUCGCCGGCGGGUCCCAUGGGUCCGAAUGGUCCCAAUGGCCCAAAUGGUAGUAAUAAUAAUAACGGACCCAUGAUGAAUCCGAACGCAGUUCCUAUGCAUCAGCAGCAACAGCAUAUGGGCGGACCACCUGGUCAAGGCCCCGGUCCUGGUCCAGGGCCUGGCAUGGGUAUGAACCAGAUGCUGCCUCCGCAUCCCCCGCAUCCACAAAUGAUGAAUCACCCACAUCCGCAUCCCCAUCAUCACCCUGGUGGACCGCCUCCCCCUCACAUGAUGGGAGGCCCAGGUGGACCUGGCCCCGGAAUGCAUGGUGGUCCGGGAGGCAUGCCGCCUCACAUGGGUGGCGGACCGAAUCCCCAUAUGAUGGGUGGACCGCACGGAAAUGCAGGUCCGCAUAUGGGUCACGGUCAUAUGGGAGGAGUUCCCGGUCCAGGACCCGGCCCCGGAGGCAUGAACGGACCUCCGCACCCGCAUAUGCCACCCCACCACGUCGGACAUCCGCAUCACCAUCACAAUCCCAUGGGCGGGCCUGGACCAGGGCCAAAUAUGUUUGGUGGUGGCGGCGUAGGACCCAUGGGACCUGGCGGCCCGAUGGGAAACAUGGGUCCAAUGGGUCCGGGUGGACCUAUGGGCGGGCCAAUGGGCGUGGGGCCCAAGCCGAUGACAAUGGGAGGCGGAAAGAUGUAUCCGCCGGGUCAGCCGAUGGUCUUUAACCCGCAGAAUCCGAACGCGCCACCUAUUUAUCCCUGUGGCAUGUGCCACAAGGAAGUGAACGACAACGACGAGGCAGUUUUCUGUGAAUCCGGUUGUAACUUCUUCUUUCACAGAACCUGCGUCGGCUUGACAGAGGCGGCCUUCCAAAUGCUCAACAAGGAGGUGUUUGCCGAAUGGUGCUGCGACAAAUGCGUGUCUUCCAAGAAUGUUCCCUGGGUCAAGUUCAAGUGUUGAAGCUGGCGGCGGGAAUGCAAGGAACCGGUAGUCCCUGAGGAACCAAUCAAUCAACCACCAGCACCAGCUAGCACUCACUCACUGUAUAAAAUAUCCAAGCAUUAACUGUAUCUUAGUUGUAAGACUCAAGCUGCUCAAUAGUCAAGGCCCCGAUCCCCUUCCUAAGCUGCUACCAUCAUCCCUGUACCAGUCAGCGACCCACUAAAGUGCCGGAGCAGUGUUGUGACUUUCAGCUCCGGGCUUUCGGCUACCGGGCCCACUCGCGCCCCACAGCCUCCCCCCGAAAUGAACAAGAUGGACAAGCAAAGUAAACCUUAACGAAAAGUGUAAACGAAAUAUGUUAAUUGUAAAAUAAUUUUAGAAUGUAUGUAUGCCAGUAUGUGAAGUUAUCAAACAGGACAAGCGGAAUCAAAGCUAAGAAUCAAUCUAGUUUGUAUUAUAAAGCAAAAUUCGAUGAAAUUA